GUGCGUGCGAGCAGACCGAUCCACCAAAUACGCGGGCGUGCCAACUAUACAAAGUUUCAAAAUAAUAUAUAGUUAAAUCUAAAAUAAAUUCCAAUUCAAGAAGUGCCUUAGCCAGAUACCAAAAAAGAUCACCAAAUGAUGAGCGCUCGCUCGGUGUCGCCCAAAGUGCUGCUGGACAUUAGCUACAAGCCCACAUUGCCCAAUAUCAUGGAGCUGCAGCACAAUGUGAUCAAGCUGAUCCAGGUGGAGCAGCAGGCCUACAUGCAAUCGGGCUACCAGCAACUGCAGCAGCAGCAACAUCAGCACCAGCAACAUAUCCACUCCCACCAGCAGCAGCAACAACAGCAGCAGCAGCAGCAACCUCAGUACGCCCCCUUACCCUCGGAAUAUGCGGCCUAUGGCAUCACGGAGCUGGAGGAUACCGACUAUAAUAUACCCAGCAACGAGGUCCUCAGCACCAGCAGCAAUCAGAGUGCCCAGAGUGCCAGCCUGGAGCUGAACAACAACAAUACCAGCAGCAACAACACGCCGAAUGGUUUCGAUUCGCAGACUGGAGGAAGUGGCUCCGCCUGGAAUGAGCAUGGCAAGAGGGCCAGGAGCAGUGGGGACUACGAUUGCCAGACCGGAGGAUCCUUGGCCAUGCAGCCCGAGCACAAGAAGCUAAUCCACCAGCAACAACAGCAGCAGCAGCAACAGCAACAUAUCUAUGUGGAUUACCUACCCACCACCGUGGAUGAGGUGGCCUCGGCCCAAUCCUGUCCUGGCGUCCAGAGCACCUGCACCUCCCCGCACUCGCACUUUGAGUUCCCCGACGAGGAGCUGCCCGAGCACAAGGCUCAGGUCUUCCUGCCCCUCUACAGCAACCAGCAGCAACAGUCCCAGCAGCAACAGCAACAGCAGCAGCAGCAACACCAGCAGACUCACGCCCAAAUGCACUUCCAAAAUGCCUAUAGACAAAGCUUCGAGGGCUAUGAACCGGCCAACUCGCUGAACGGCAGCGCCUAUUCCAGUUCGGAUCGGGAUGACAUGGAGUACGCCCGCCACAACGCCUUGAGUUCGGUGAGCGAUCUCAAUGGGGGCGUCAUGUCACCCGCCUGUUUGGCCGAUGAUGGCAGUGCUGGCAGCCUGCUCGACGGUUCGGAUGCCGGCGGAAAGGCCUUCCGGAAGCCGCGAAGGCGUCUCAAAAGGAAGCCCAGCAAAACGGAGGAGGUUGACGAGUUCAGCAACCAGAGGGUCAUGGCCAAUGUGAGGGAGCGCCAGCGCACUCAGAGCCUCAACGAUGCCUUCAAGUCCCUGCAGCAGAUCAUCCCAACUCUGCCCAGCGACAAGCUCAGCAAGAUCCAGACCCUCAAACUGGCCACAAGAUACAUCGACUUCCUGUGCCGCAUGCUCAGCUCGAGUGAUAUAUCCCUGCUGAAGGCCUUGGAGGCCCAGGGAUCGCCCACGGGCUACGCAUCGGCCAGUUCGCUACUGAGUGCCGCCGCAAAUGGAGCCGAGGCCGAUCUCAAAUGCCUCCGAAAGGCCAACGGAGCACCCAUCAUCCCGCCCGAGAAGCUGAGCUAUCUUUUUGGCGUCUGGCGCAUGGAGGGCGAUGCCCAGCACCAGAAGGCAUAGCUCCUGAUAGGGAAUAUAUAUGCCUAAUAGAUGCAUAUACGCCUGUCCAGGAUCCAGAAGGGGCUUCCAGCAGCAACUAUCGUGUGAAUUCCAGAGCCCUGGCCGCUCUCACUCUUCAAUUCUCUGUCACUCUUUCCAUAUAUACGUGUGUCGAUUAGAUGUCUAAGUCUAAAACCUACGAUUAAAACCUAUUUAAUUUUAUAGUCUAAACUAAAUUAAUUGUAAAAACGAAACAAGCCAAGAAACAAAGAAAGAAA